UCUACAUUGCAUUCGUCCAGAGACGGUUUAGAUCUUCCUAAAAAAAAUCUCUGAUACGUCAGGCUCGAAUUUAUUGUGUUCCACUACAGAAACUAUCCACAUUUUCUAUACUUGAACUGACUGACCCAUUCAUAAUUAUUUACACACUGCUUAACAGCACACGCGGGAACGAAACUUUGUCAAUAUAAUUAAUAAACAGGAGAAACAAACAUUUCGAAGAGGACAAUCCAGGAUCCAACAAGAAUAGAUGCCAUGUUCACCUCAAAGCUUCUGACGCUCGUCUUGGUGGUGCAGCCUGGUAGAGUGCUGCUGGGCAUGAAGAAAAGAGGAUUUGGAGCAGGCAAAUGGAAUGGCUUUGGAGGAAAAGUACAACCAGGAGAAACCAUCGAACAGGCAGCCCACAGAGAACUGGAGGAAGAAAGUGGUCUCACGGUGGACAAACUGGAUAAAAUUGGAAACAUAAAAUUUGAGUUCAUCGGAGAUACAGAAAUUUUAGACGUACACAUAUUCAGAGCAGACUCAUUCAACGGAGAGCCGACAGAAUCUGAUGAAAUGAGGCCUCAGUGGUUUGAGUCUGACAAGAUUCCCUUCAGUCAGAUGUGGGCUGACGACUCAUUGUGGUUUCCUCUCAUGCUGCAGAGGAAGAAGUUCCUGGGUUAUUUCAGAUUUCAAGGCCACGAUUUAAUUGUUGAACACAAACUUGAGGAGGUAAAUGAGGUCUGAUGGCUAUAAAAACCUUGUUCUUCACCUCUUCAUUCUUUCCAGUGUUGGGGCCAAAUGACAGACGUGCAUUGUUAUACUGUACGGAUCUUAAUGGUGGACUUGAAAAGGUUUUCCUCAUUCCACUUUAAUAUUUUGAGUAGAUUACAUUGAUGUUCAAAAACACAGAAUAUUUGAGUCUGCCAAUUCCCCCUUGUUGCUGUACCUCGCAAGUCAGUGUUGUCUUUUGUGAAGACUGAAAUCUGGAAUAACAAGGUGGUUUAAAAGUUGUGUGAAGGACAGUGCAAGACACUGUUGAAGGCCUGCCUUAAUUGUGACUGGUUCCAUAAUGAUGUUACAAGAUGUAAAGAUAUAAUGUAUACUGUAUGAUAAUCACCCAGAGUAAAUCCAUUUUAUUUUGUGGCAAAAAGACAUUGACUUUCCCUUUUGCAAACGGGAUGCAUUGGUUUGUGGUUAAUGUGGUUUUGCAAACUUUUCUUAAAAAGCUGCUUUCAUGUGAUGAUGGAAUAAAAUGUGUUCAUCUUUUAAUAAAACGUGAGUGACCAAU